AUGGCAUCGCUGUGGUACUGUGGAUGUGCCGUCCCUAUGCAACCCCUCCGACACUUCAAACUCAUUAGUAGUAAAGUGUUAAGCAGAACUCAGAUGCCAACGAAACUAUGCCCAAGCCAAAAUAUUCUUCCAACCACUCUCAAUUUCAAUUGGAGAAACAAAGAUGUCUUAAGGUUGCAAACAGGGCAAAGGCAGUUUGCUGUGUAUGCAUCAAACACUAACCCUUCAGGUGGUGAUUCAACCGAAGAGAAAUCAGCUGGAACUAAAACAAGUGAUGCUGCCCAAGGUCCUCCUUUCCUUACUAUUUUGGCUGGAUUCUUAGUCCUCUUUCUCAUCGUUUGGAUUGUCGGAUCAAUUAUAUCCUGGUUGAUUAGUCUAAUUUUCAACUUUCGUCCAAAGUAAGUAGGAUUAUUUUUACAUCAUGCUUCGGUAUUAAUGUUGAAAGUGGACUCAUCUUUGUUUAUGUUAACCCAAUAUAACAUUAUGUUAACCCAGCAUGUUAUAUUAGAUCAAGACUUGCUUUUCUUUC